CCGCUCCGCGCAGCCUGCGCGCCGCGGGGGACGAUGGCGGGUGCCGGGCGCUGCCUGCGCGCCUGCGGCCUCGCCUGGCUCCUGCUGUGCUGCGCGGCCCGCCGGGACCCCGCAGGCAAUGAUGYUUUUACCAUUCGCCAUGAUAAACAGAACAAGUGCAUACAAGUUCAAAAAUCGCUGAUAGUGAUAGAUGACUGCAGGGACACAAGUGAAGCUUUAUGGAAAUGGGUAUCCCAGAAUCGCCUCUUUCACUUGGGGUCCAAGCAGUGCCUGGGACUUGAUAUAUUCACCAAAUCAGUGUCUCGCCUGAAAAUGGUUGAUUGUAACUCAGAAUUAAUGCUGUGGUGGCGAUGUGCUGAUGCUUCCAUCAUUGGUGCAUCUCAGUACAAAGUGACUAUCAAGAAUAACUAUGUGACUGCAAGCAUAAAUGCAACAGACCAGUGGAGAAGCAACAAUUCCUCCAGUGAUGUAUGUCAGUAUCCCUACCAUGAGGUUUACACCAAAGAUGGCAACUCUUAUGGUAAACCCUGUGAGUUCCCCUUCCUGUAUAACAAGGUUUGGCAUCAUGACUGCAUUCAGGAUGAAACUCAUGCGGGUGGGAAGUGGUGCGCCACUUCUGAAGAUUAUUCUCGCGAUGGAAAAUGGGGAAUCUGCUUACAGCCAGAGGAUGGUUGUCAUGAUACCUGGGAACGUGAUCCAGGGUCUGAAAAUUGCUACCAGUUUAAUACACAGUCUGCCCUUUCUUGGAAGGAAGCUUAUAUUUCAUGUCARAGGCAAGGAGGAGAUUUACUUAGCAUCCAAAAUGCGUCUGAAUUAAGUUACAUACAAGCCAAGGAUGACAUUGCUGAGAUAUUCUGGAUUGGCUUAAAUCAACUGGACGUUUCUGGAGGUUGGCAGUGGUCAGAUCACAGACCUUUGACUUUUCUCAACUGGCAUCCAGAUAUGCAGAGUUUAUCCCCAUUGGAUGGGACGAGUUGUGUGGUGAUGAAUGCUGCUUCAGGCCAGUGGCAGAGUUACCAUUGUGGGACACAACUUCCAUAUACUUGCAAGAAGUCACUCAAGGAAGUUUCAAGCAUUCCAGAGUUUUGGARCCACUUGGAUACUCGCUGUGAUCCGGGCUGGCUCCCCCACGAUGGCUUUUGCUACAUGCUGAUGAACAACCAGGCAACCUGGAGUACAGCAGAGGAGUUGUGCAAAGCAAAUAAGAGUAACCUUAUCAGCAUUCACUCAUUAGCAGAUGUUGAAUUGGUUGUUACAGAGCUUCAUAAUGAUGCUGAAGAGGAAAUGUGGAUAGGUCUCAGCAAUGACGAUGUGCCAACCCUGUUUAAAUGGUCAGAUCGCUCGCCUGUGGUUUUUACAUACUGGGAUCAGAAUGAACCAAAAGUUCCUUUUAACAGCACUCCUAACUGCGUGUCAUAUUCAGGCAAGCUGGGACAGUGGAGAGUCAAAUCCUGUGAAGAAAAAUUGAAAUAUGUUUGCAAGAAGAAAGGAGAGAUUUUGAAUGAAACAAAAUCAGAUGAAAAUUGUUCAUUGGAAGAGGGGUGGGAGAGACAUGGAAACUACUGUUACAGGAUUGAUAAAAUGGAAGUUUCAUAUGGAGCCCAGUGCAAUCUUACAGUGAUGAACAGAUUUGAACAAGAAUUUAUAAACAGUCUAAUUAGGAAACACACCAAAGUUGAAGAAAAGUACUUCUGGACCGGUUUGCACGAUAUUAGCCAGUCAGGAAUAUAUUCCUGGGGUACGGUGAAUGGGGAAAAGCCUGGAGCUGUGACAUACACUAACUGGAAUUCCAUGCAACCAGAGUUUUCAGGAGGAUGUGUGGCCAUGUCCAGUGGAAAUUCUCUCGGAAAGUGGGAAACCAAGGAUUGUAAAACCACUAAAGCAUUUUCUGUCUGCAAAAAAUACAUCGGGCGGCCCAAAGAGCCAGAAGUGCUCCCAAAACCAACUGAUCCCUGUCCCCCUGGGUGGCACAAUGGAUCUGGCCUUGCCUGCUACAAGUUCUUCCACAGUGAAAGAGUGCUGCGAACCAGGACCUGGGAAGAGGCAGAAAGGUUCUGUGAAGCACUGGGAGGCCAUCUGCCUAGUUUUAGUCACUCAGAAGAAAUCAAGGCACUUCAUUCUAUCCUGAGAAAAAUGAUCAGCAAUGACAGAUGGGUCUGGAUUGGAAUGAAUAAGAGGAGUCCUGAUUCUUUGGGAACCUGGCAAUGGAGUGAUAACAAACCUGUAACCAGUGUUGUUAUGCCACUUGACUAUCUGGAGGAUGAAUAUGAUACAAGAGACUGUGCUGCAUUAAAGACCUCACAGUUUUCACGGAGAUCAUUUUGGAGAUUUUAUUUCCAUGAAGGCAGAGACCUAGAAUUUUACUUCAAGCCUUUUGUUUGUGAUGCUAAACUUGAAUGGGUCUGCCAGAUAACAAAAGGUAGCACUCCAAAGACACCAGAGUGGUACAUACCAGAUGAAAUUGGAAUUCAUGGAGCCCCACUUGUUGUUGAUGGAGCAGAGCUGUGGUUUGUGCCAGAUAAAAACCUGAGCUACCAGGAAGCUAUUUUCUACUGUCAAAAAAAUGAUAGUGAUUUAGCCUCUGUGGAAUCUUAUCCAAAACUAAGGACAAUACUAUCUCAAAUAGAAAAGUUAUCAAACAGUGAACAGAAGUGGUGGCUGAAGUUUAUUGAUUAUGGCUACAGCUAUCAUUCACCUUUACAGCUAUUUCCACGCUUCCAUGAUAGACUCYUGAGAGAUUGCUGGUAUAUUUCCAGAAAGAACUGGCAUAGAGACUACCCAGUUAGCUGUCAUGUGAAACUGCCCUUCAUCUGUGAAAAAAAUAAUGCCUCCUUACUAGAGAGACAUGAUCCCAGUUACCGCCCAGUCCAAAGAGGUUGCCCUAAAGACUGGUAUCAGUUCCGGAAUAAGUGUUUUCUAAAGAUGAAACCCGAACAUUUAACAUUUAGUGCAGCUAAUGAGAAGUGCGUAACUUUUGGAGGCUCUCUUCCAUCUAUCUCAGAUCAAGCUGACCAAGAUUAUAUAACAUCCUUGCUUCCUGGCCUGCCAAAAGAUAUUUGGAUUGGUUUGCAGUUCCUGUUCAGCACAAGGGAGAACAAAUGGAUAGAUGAGAGYAGACUGUUGUAUAGUAACUUUCACCCACUCCUGACAGGACGAUUAAGGAAAAUUCCACUGGAUCUUUUUGAUGAAGAAUUUAACAAUCAGUGUGGUGUAAUCCUCAAUGAUCCCAAAUCACAAUACAUUGGAACAUGGAAUUUCACUGCUUGUGCUGACAGGCACUUCUUGGGUAUCUGCCAGCAGUCUGUAGGAACUGCUGAUAACCAGACAGAGGAAGUCAUUAAUGAAACAUUGAACUAUCAAAAUGUUCAAUACAUGGUAAUUCUGAAGAAUUUGUCCUGGAAUGAUGCAAUGGCUGCAUGUAUAAAUAACAAGAUGCAGCUGGUUAGCAUCACAGAUCAGUUCCAGCAGGCUUUUCUUGCUGUUCAGGCUGCYCGUCAUAAUUACCCAUUCUGGAUUGGACUCUUCAGCAGAGAUGGUGGAAAACACUAUGGCUGGCUGGAUGGGAAGCAUGUGAGGUUUAGUCGCUGGUCUGAAGAUGAUGAUGAAACAAAUGAAGAAUGUGUGUUUUUGGAUACUGAUGGUUUCUGGAGAACUUCUGACUGYUCCUCUGAAAAUAGAGGUGCUAUUUGUUAUGCAUCAGAAAAGAAGAUUGAAGAGGAACAAGUUCCACAAGUGAAGUGCCCACAUAAGAUUAAAAAUACACCCUGGAUAUCAUUUAGAAACAAUUGUUACACUUUUAUGAUAACAAAAAAUAGAUGGAGAGAGCUGAAGUCUCAAGAAGCUCAUCAUUUAUGCAGGAAAAUGAACCCUGAAGCAUUUGUUCUGAGUGUUCGAGAUGAAGAGGAGAAUAGCUUUGUUACUGAGCAGCUUCAUUCGUUCAGCGGUCUGGCUCUGUGGGUCUGGCUGGGUGUGAUCUAUGAUGACAGUGAUAAAGUUCUCAAGUGGUAYGAUGAAACUCAUCUGACUUACAAUAACUGGAGGCUGGGGAGACCUAUCAUAAAGAAGAACAGUUUUUUUGCUGGUGUAAAUCUUGAUGGGUUUUGGGAUAUUUAUAAUUAUUCUCAAAGUUGGCAUGCCAAUCACUACAACAUGUACAGUAUUCUCGCUUGCAAAAUCGAAAGGGGACCCCAACAGCACAAGCCUCCAUUGCCUGAGACUAUUCCACAUGGUAACAGAACAUACAGGAUCCUUCAGAAAAARUUAACAUGGUAUGAGGCAUUGAGAUCAUGCAAACGAAAUAAGAGUGAUUUAGCAAGUGUACACAGUGAAUCAGAACAGUURUUUCUAGAAGAUAUUGUCAAACAGGAUGGUUAUCCUCUGUGGCUUGGCUUGUCAAUUCAUGAUGGAAGUAAAGCUAAUUUUGAAUGGUCUGAUGGAAGUGAUUUUGACUACUAUCCCUGGGAAUUAGAAAACUCAAAUACUACUGAGAACUGUGUUCUGCUGGAUACUAAAGGAUUUUGGAACCGUACAAAAUGUACAAAUGUUGCUGAAGGUGCCAUUUGCUAUAGCCCUCCAAACAAGAGACAAUUUGAGCCAAAGCAAGCAAGUAGAGCCCCCGGAUGCCCGCAGAGCAGUGGGUCCCUGCAGUGGGAACAGUACAGGGAUCACUGUUACGCCUUUGACAUGGCAUUCUACAAUUUCUCCGUGUAUAACAUGGAAGAGGCUAAGAGAAUCUGCCGGAAGCUGAAUCCUUCAGCAACCCUUCUGACGAUAGUGGAUGCUGAAGAAAAUGCAUUUGUGAGCACACACAUAAAGGAACAUGAUCUCAUCACCAAGAACGUAUGGCUUGGCCUGGAUCAGAGCUAUAAGGGUCAUUCCCUCAGCUGGCUGGAUGGCUCAUCAGUUAAUUAUGUCAACUGGGAGAAUAAAACUGCAGAAGCCAAUGAAAAAUGUAGUGUUAUCCUGUCCUCAACUGGCAUGUGGUCCAAAGUUGACUGUGGACGUAGUCGAAGCAGAGUGGUUUGUAAAGCUCCUUUAGGUUCUAAUCAUACUGGUGUGGCUGUAGCAUUUGCCCUGCUGAUAAUCUUGCUUUUCAUUGCUGGACUGAUAUGGUACCUCUACAAAAAGAAGCGUCUUCACUGGAGUGCCUUCUCUUCAGUACGCUAUCAAAGAGGGAUGAAUGAUGAWGAAACUGAUGAUAUGUUCACAAAAGAUAGCUAUUGAAAAACUUACUUCUGAWGAAUUUAAGUAUGAACUUCACUGUGUGAAGCCAUAAGAAAUGAGCUACUUGAUGUUUUAUUACUUCUUUUUGGAAAAGUCACGUUAUUAAUUUGCCCUAAAAUUAGUUCGUUUAUAUAUAAGUGCAAUUUUUAUUCAGUUUUAUGGUAAUUCUUUAUAUUUGGCCUAAGUCUUUUAAGAUGCAAGGUGUUUAGAGUUCUGUUKUAUUUUUUAAUUUAUAGUAUUAUCUCUCUUUACUGGAAUUUUUGAUGGAACAAAUUAAUGCCAACAAUGCUUCAUGCAACAUCACUUUGAUGAAUACACUUAAAAUUUACUUCUCCCAGUACUCUUAUUUAUACUAGGAUUAAAUGCCUAAUUUUAUAGUUACCARCCUAUAACUUUAUAGGUGAAGUAUGUUAUCUGUCCAAGAAACAAAAGAUAUGUUUAAGGAAAGCCUGAGAAUAUAUGGURAACAAACUUGUGUACAUAAAUGCUAAAAAUACUUGAGUAUUUUGCAUAAAACUUAAACUUGAUUUUUGUAUGUGAUGUGUCACUGUAGCCUUUCCUAUGCACUCCAAAGAAAGCUAUAAAGGGAAAAAGGGAAGAUAGAGUUGUAUAUAUUAAUUACUCAAUUAUUUGAUCAAUUAAUGUUUUGAAAAAGUCUUCUGACUUUUUUUAAUGCACAGUACAAAGAACAGAUGCAUUUACUUUUAUGAAGAAGGRUAUGCCAAAGACCAAAUCCAUUCUGCAUGUGGUGGUGGCGUGAGGUGGUGAAUAGGAAUACAUUGGCCUGAUGUGCUGAGAAGAGUACUACUGAUUUCUCUGAAGCAGCAGAGCAAGGCCACAAUGUUCAACUGCCUUCUUUUCCUGCAGUUUACUUACGUUGAUGGCACUUUUCUUUGUUCCUGUUUGCACUAUUUUGAUAAGCAAGUGUUUAUCUUUUGUGUUGAGAAGUAGAGAAUUCCUUGUAGGUACCACUUUGAGCCUCUUAAAACAGCACCCUGAAGGGGCACAGUAAAGGAGCCAUUGUGGUAGUUUGCUGAUCAAAAAAGUAAGCACUUUUGUUGUUUAUUUGGUACUUUGGGCACAAUUGUGAACAUUUGCUUUCCUGAGGUAACUUGUAGAAAAUGUAGUUAUGAUGAAAAUAAUGCUCAUUCUUUUACUUGCCCUGGUAUGAGAAGUGUUUGAAAUGUUGCAAAGUCUGGUUCCUGAUGUCUUCUGGUUUAGUUUAUAUGCCUAAGUGCUUUGCCAAAUGACUUUUAACUUAAUGGACUAAAAAAACGUUGGUUAUUGUCUUUUUCUAACUACAGUAAUAAGUGGGGAAAAUUAUUUACAAGUUCCCAUGUUUUGAGAUUUACUAGUUUUAUAGAUGUUUAUACUUUGAGCAUUUUUAGGUGUGAAUCUGAAAUGGAAAGUGGCAAUUAGUAAAAUCCUAAUUCAACACAAAAGGAUAUAUACUUUUUAUUAAAAAAAUGUAUAUUUUAUUCUUAUAAAUGAUGUAAAUAUUUUUUUUCAGGCCCCAUUUCUUAUGUUUGUUUCAUCACACCAAAGUUGUCUAAUCACUGGUUAUUCUUUUUUGUGGAAGCACAACAGCCUUAGUGCAGGUGAAUAACCCACUCCAUUUGMAAUACACAGGAAGAAUAUUUGGCAGUAUUGUUAUUGAAAGAAUAAAGUUAAAUAAAACACUCAACUGCUUACACUGGUUUUAUUUCCAUGGAAGCAGUUGUCAGAGUUAAGGUAUGGYUCAUUAAUCACUGGGUAAAAAAGCGCAUAGCACAGGGGCUGUGGUCAGAAUUAAAGCCAGUAAGUGUUGUUACCACAAUAAGAAAACUUUAGAGGUAAUAAAUAUCUUUGAUGUAUUUAAAAAGAAUGCUGGUAACUUCCUUUUUGCAGUUGAAAACUUUUUAUCAAGCCGCUUCAGAUUUACACAGUCAGGGAACAUUCCUCUGUGCCUUUUUGUUCUAAUCAGGUUGUAGUUCAUUAGCACCUCAAGGCCCAAAUUAACUCAGAGCAGUAUACAAAGGCUCCCUCCACAAUACCUCUUAAUAUAAGGCAAAGUUAAAACUACUUCCGGCAAAGUAACACUUGCAAUUAAAGAAUGAGAUGUAYUUAUUUUAAGUGAUGUCUGAACUCUGAAUUCCAGAUCUCCAAASUCUCUGACUGCUGGUCAAAGGGCAGUGUUAUUUUUAGCUCCAGUAAUGGMUUGCUGGGAGACAUCCUGUUGUGCAAGAUGACUAACAAGGUCAUCUGCUUCACAAACAUUAAUSUUAAAACUGAAGAUGAUGCACAGGRAAAUGGCAGCAGAGAAAUGCUUUUCCAGGUCCCAGAGCAAUGCAGUUGAGAAGGCAUCCUAAAACUCYUUUAUCCCACGCUCAGACUAUCUGCCAGCUGUGGUAGCUCUAGGCAAAAAGUGUUCACCUUCAGUUCCUCUUCCUGAAUUUUGUCUGGUCCUUGGUGACUCUGUCAUGGAAAGGUUAAUCCACAUCUGCCACUMCACCAGCCAGUAUUU